AUGGCUCCCAGCCUCUGCGCUGCUGUGACACAGGUCCCCUCUGCUUACAUCCUGCGGCCAGAGGCAGCCAGAGGCUUACUCCUGACACAAGGUGACCGGGACAUGCCAUCCUGCACUGUGGGCAGCCGGCAACUCGGCAGGCAGCGCUGCCCACCACCACUCCGCUCCGCAGAGCACGGUGCCCACAAGACGGCCAAGACGGAGCGGCCAGGGGGCCAGAGCCAUGCAGCGAAGUCAUGCCUGUGGUCCAGUCCUGCCUGGACAAGCGUCACCGUGUCCUCAGAAUGA